CUAUUGUCAGCUUGAAAAAUAUGGAAAAAUAACGCUUCAUGCUAGAAGUAGCGCGAAGCCUUCGCAGUCACGAAUAAUUGUGCUCCGUGCAUGGUCAAAAAGUUGGUGUGCUUGAAAGUUGUCCAAGAGAUUUCUUGAUCAGUAUUUCAUGCAAUAUUUGGUGACGCAUCAAAUAUGAACAGCUCAACGCGAUGUACUCUAAGAAAAGAAAGAUAUAAAGCUGGGGUUGUCAUCGACGAUCAAGGGCGUUAGGAUUUAUCCAAGGACAGAAUUCGCGUGCACCGCUGACGACCGACCAAAAAUCCAGCUGAGUCUGAAAUACCAAGGUUGUUCUAAACUUGGAACUGACAUUCCAAGACAAGUCUUGUCCGUUAAAGCAAGGUUUCCUUAGUGCUCACUAAAGGUUAACCAUUAUUUCAAAACAAGUUGUGCUUUGGAUAUCGACGAGUUUGCGCUUGUUCCAGAACGCAACCUUUUCCUCCCCCAAGAGGCUUUGAAAUGUUUAAAUUUCCUUACGUACCAUUUCUCUCAGAGUGAUCAAUUUGAGUAUUCGUACGACGCAUUCAAGCCCAGUGUUAAGAAAACGGAAAUGGCUUAUUUUGAUAGAAGUGCAGAGGAUAUCGUGAUAACACCAACACGGCUAUUCUUCCUUGACUCUGGACCUGAGUGCACAAACGAUAAAAAGUCAGAGCCGCUCAAGGACGACGUACAAGAGGCUGCUAUUAUUGAGCAAGAAGAGAUGUUUUUCAUCGAGGAUGUCACAUACAUUAGUACUGAGCUGUCGGCACCGUGUUGCAGACUAGAGGGGGCGGGGUGUGGCCAACCAGAGGGGUAUGGGGUACACACCUCCGCACUGCCUACCAAGGAGAAAGAAAAGCCAAAACGGAGCAUAGUGGACAGUGAUUGCGGCGCAGCAUCUAGCUGGGUGGACAGAAUAAAGCUAUCUCCUAAACUUGGACGUAAAAAGUUCCACCAGUCUGUACACCAAGAGGUGAAGGAUCCUGCGGAGAUUGGCUCUCAAAAGAUCAAACACAAGCCUAAAAGAUCAAAUUCACUUUUUCCCUCGUCUAGUAAUACUAUUGACAUAUUCUCUGGGAUGAAGGCUAAGGAGGCAAAGAAACCAAAACGACCAAAGCAAAGAGUGUUGAAGAAACAGAAAAGCAUGGAGUUUGAAAAUUGUGGCGGAACGCAGAAGAAUAUUGCAGAAUCGCUACCAUUGACCGAGAAAGGCGGGGAAAUCGUCUCAGCUUUCAACUCGUCUAACACAGGAGUACCGUCAAUACGCCUGCGAAGAGCCUCCAAUCCGCCCAUAACCGCGUUGAUUGGGAACCAAGACCCAACUCGGCAUGCGCCUGAACUAUCAGAGGCCAAACAGAUCAAAUCGAGCACGCUACGAAAGCGGCUAAAAAACUUUAAGCUUCCCAGCUUUGGAAACAAAAGCUCAUCAGAUCAGAUUUUUGGAGUCAGCGGUAGCGCUGUUUCAACAGGUUUUCUCACGCCACAGACAAACCGCAAACUUCUCCCUGUGAGUAGAACUUUCCUCGAAACGAGGCGAUCCUCGGCACCAGACCUCGCGAGGUCAAACAAGGAACCACUCUUCAUGCAACUUAAAUCCCGCGCGAUAAAGAUGGACAAUAAUAAUAAUAUAGUUUGGUAUAAUGAUCCAAUAACACAUCCAUUAGAUUUAGAAGACGCAGAAAUACGGAGUAUAGCCAGAAAGAUUCUCCGGGAAAAUCUGGAACCAUUGCGUUUCUAUGAUGGAAAGGAAUGCGAUGCUCUUGGUAAGAAGAUCAGUAAACUCAUCAUAGAUAACGUUCAUAUCUUGAAAGCUGGUUCAACUCAAUACAAGUUUGCGUGCCUCGUGUACAUAGCGGCAGUCAGGGGAGACGGGGUGAAGGCGACUUUUUGUUCGCUCUGGUCCCCCGCGGAGGACAAUUUCGUAGUUGUUGAUUAUCGUGGAAAGCUUCUAUAUGGUAUUGCGACUGUGAUUGUAACUCCGGCUUAGGGUAUGCUAUGAGAAACGUGUUUUUCAUGUCA